UUCUGUUCCCUAUCUCCACACUGCAUCAAGUCAAUUACUACAACAAGUUUGCACCUAAAAAUCGGUUGAGGUAAUUUUCUCAGUAGGAAUUUAGUGAAUAACUUUUUUAUCAAAAGUUUGUGACCAAACAUUUAAACUUAAUGAAGGAAUUUGGCCCAUUGGAGAAAACCUCCCCAUGUUUGAUAAAGGGAUGUACAAAUAGAAUGGGCCCGCUAAUUUGAGGAUUCCCGCCUCCUUUUGGUCCAGACUGUCUACAGAAAACCAUCGGAGCGACAGACCCCACUGGAAGACAAUAAAAGAAUCUCCCUAGUCACAGAUGAGGGCGGGGAAAGUCAAAGAAGACCCACUUUGCUUUAAUGGAAUUUUUCGUGGAUUUAUUUAUUGAGCAAUUUUAUGUACAUAAAGCUUGGAUUAGCUUUUUUUCUGCUCUACUCAAGUGAGUCCACCAGGCAUUGACGAGUUUAUGAAAUAAUGAUGGAGAUGAUAAGUACCGUGUAAGCUGCAGAAAAUAUUUAGAUUUCAUUAAAGAACUUCAGAAACAGGAACAGGUAAACAUUGAUAAAAUGGCAGAAUUUGAAUACAUUUGUAGAAACUGAAAAACCUUAUCUUGUCAGGGGCUUAGACCUUCAGCUCGGAUUGGAUUUCAUCAAUAAUAAGGAUUUUUAAUUUGGCGUGGAUGCCGCUGGGCCGGAACGAGACUUAGAGAGGGCGGGAUGUUAUGUCUUUUAGUCUUUUACGAACAUGUGUUAAUAUCUUUUAUGAAAACAAGUCCGUCUUAAGUAGCCCAGAUUUGAAUCUAGCUGCCCAUUAUUGACAUAUUUGAUGUUCCUAGUAAGCUGAGACAGAGGGAAUAGAGGUGUUGUUACGAGUAGUGUAGGUCAGUCUGGUUAAACACCGCUAAGUGGAGUGCAGUUACAAUCCGUGGGUUGUCAGACAAAACUCUCCUGUUCCCUGCAUCCAGGUAAAAGUGCAUGGUGGGAAAACUUGUCCCAGUGACAUCAGCGGGGAUAUAAUCCCGCUCUAGUCCCCAGCGACGGUGACUUUAGCUCGGUACUCUGUGGACAAAGUUUACAAUUUUGUUGCCAUAGGAAGUACUUGAGUGAGUUUACAUGUAAUUCAAGUACUUUAUGAGAAUUGAACUAGGAUUAUCCGAAAUUCAUGGAGAGAGAGUGUGUGGCCAUAUAGAUAAAGGUAUUACCCUGGCCUGUGGGAGAGACAUGGACCGGUGCUGGCCCCAGGUUCUGUGCCCAGUGUCCUAGGGAUUCACUCACGGAAGGACAGACUCAGCCUUAAUGGAACCCUCUGUGAAUUGAUAGUGUUAAGUGUAAAAUAGCAGGAAGUAUGAAAUAAUGGCCGAGGAAAAUCUCACCAUAAACAACAAUGAACUGACUCCUAAAAAGAACAUUACUGUUGCACGGUCCGAAUCAUUUGGCCCGCUUAAGUUCCGUAAAAGCUGUGGAGAAAUCCUACUUUCUAGACUACAAAAAUUCACAGCACCAGAGCAGUCGGGAUAUGUUGGCUUUGCCAACCUACCCAAUCAGGUCCACAGGAAGUCGGUCAAGAAGGGAUUCGAGUUCACACUCAUGGUGGUUGGGGAGUCUGGACUGGGGAAGUCCACCUUGGUGAACAGCUUGUUCCUGACAGACCUGUACCCAGAGAGACACAUUCACACAGCCUCAGAGAAGAUUACGCAGACAGUUAAGAUUGAUGCCUCCACGGUGGAGAUUGAGGAGCGCGGAGUGAAACUGAGGCUGACGGUGGUCGACACCCCAGGGUUCGGGGACUCCCUCAACUCACAGGACUGCUUUAAGCCCAUCAUCCAGUACAUAGACAGUCAGUUUGAGCGUUACCUUGAAGAUGAGAGCGGAUUAAACAGACGUCAUAUCAUCGAUAAUCGUGUUCAUUGCUGUUUCUACUUCAUCAAUCCAUCAGGCCACGGGUUACGUCCCUUGGAUAUCUCCUUCAUGAAGGCUGUCCAUCACAAAGUGAACAUAGUCCCAGUGAUCGCCAAGUCCGACACGCUCACUCUGCAAGAGUGUACGCAGCUCAAGAGGAAGGUGAUGACCCAGAUAGCUGAGAACGGCAUCAACCUGUACGCGCUGCCCGACUGUGACGAGGAUGAGGACGAGGAUUACAGAGAGCAAUGUCGCCUCCUCAAGGAGGCAGUGCCUUUUGCAGUGAUUGGUGCUAAUACUGUGAUAGAGGUCAAGGGCAAAAAGGUCAGAGGUCGAAUGUAUCCAUGGGGAGUGGUGGAGGUGGAAAAUCCAGAUCACUGCGACUUCAUUAAACUCAGAACCAUGCUUAUCACUCACAUGCAAGACCUUCAAGAGGUCACACAAGAGGUUCAUUAUGAGAAUUUCCGAGCGGAGAAGCUGGCGGGAGGUGGAAGUGUUCCAAAGAAAUCAAGAAAACCCCGCAAUGAAGACGCUUACAAUGAAAUGAUGGAUAAACGCAGACCGGAGAGUCAGACGGCCGAUCUGUCGGAGCGAGAGAAGCAGCUCAUGGAGAAGGAACAAGAGCUGAGAAGAAUGCAGGAAAUGAUUGCCAAGAUGCAGGCAGAGAUGAACCAAAAGAACACUCCACAGAAGAUGCAACAGAAUGGGGAAGUCAAGUCCCAGAAUGUGUAGACUUGUACACAGAUGACCAUUAUAAUAGGACCAGUAUUGAGAGGAAGAGAUUGAAUUGUUUGUAUGUUAUGACUAUGGACAAUCUAAACUCAGCAAAAACCGCAAUGUUAUCACAUCAUUCAACCAAAUCACAGAAAUGUGUUCAUCUCGAGAUGUAUGACAUCACCUGUACUAUAACUUCUUCAGUUUGUUUUUUGCUUUCUUUGCAUGAGAUAUUGUUUUCAGGACAGUAACUUUAAUAUACAAGUUUUGUUUAAGUCCUCAAAAUGAGUAUUCUUUGAGAUUUUACUAAUUUAAAUGAAUGUGUAAUUCAAUGUUUGUUUCUCCAUUAUAGUACAAGUAAGUGAUCAAUCAAUGUUUAAAAGCUGCAUUGUUUCAUGAAAAUUAAUAAUAUCUAAGGCUAUGAACAGGAAACUCAGUAGAAGAAUCUUUGCAAGGGAAACAACUGCGGGAGCUCUGUCUAGUCAUCCGUGAUAAUGAAUUAGAGUUAUCUGCCUUUCACCCUUCCACUACUGUUCUUUGUAGCACGUGUCAUAAUCUGUUUUGAUAGGUCUCUUGUUCAGUGAUACAAACAGACAUUCUUGGUGGAUCUCCUGUAUAAAUCCCCCUCCCCCAUUUUCCAUGUGGAGAUGUAUUCAAAUGUUAAGUGUAAUUUUGUCAUUUAUUUUUUAUAGUCUAUGUAAAACCAUUUUAUUUGUAUGUGUAGUCUUCAUAAUGUUUUACUAUUACAUUUACAUGUCAUUUCAGUAAGAUUAUAAAACCAAUGUUCCAUUGAACAAAAAUGUGAAGAUCUGAUUUCAAUUUCCCCAUUGAAAUAUCAAAGAUGUAAUUGUUAAAAAACUGUAAUAUAUUUAUGUAUGAAUAUGAUUUAAUGUUGAACUACAUCAAAGGAACACUCGGCUCUAAAGAAGCUGACUUGCGAUUGAUUUUGACGACUGAUUUUGUGUUACAAUUGUGACAGUAGUGUUUUUGGUGUCAACUGAAAGAUCAUGUGAAAACCUGGGACACUCUGCCUGUCUCCAGAUAAAGAUCUGUCAAUUUGUAGACUGCUUAAAGGCUUUUCCUGCUGAAUCCUAUCUAUCUCUGCAAUAAUUUUGUAAUGUUUUUAUUUAAUUUGUACAUGAAUAAAUUGUAUAACAAGU